CAAAACCGGAUUUGAUGAGGAAAGUUCAUCAAACAGUUAUUGACCUUACACAAUUAGGUAAUUAUAAAGUUUAAUUACCCACUAUCACAAUGGCUUGUGUCAACUAACUUAUCUCUUAUCACUUAGUAUUGUACAAGAGAGCAAAAUGCUCGCGUUCAGAAAACUCUGCUCAAAUAAGCUAAUAUCUAAUGUAUUAAAAAGUAGUGUUACUCAAAUUCACACACAGAAUGUGCUUUUAAAACAAAGUGAUAUAUUAAAGCUGGUUAUAAGUGGCCAAUCUUUACAGUUUCCUUAUGUGUGGUUGAGAGAUAACUGCCAGUGCGAACAGUGUUUCCACCGAUCUGCGAAAAGCCGGACAGUUGACUGGAGCAAAUUCGACUUAAACGUUAAGGCGAAAGAUGUACAGAAGGGUGAAAAUUCUGUGAAGCUUACCUGGGAUGAUGGACAUAUAUCGGAGUUUGACUUUAAGUGGCUGAUGUUCAGAAACUUUACUGCAGAGAACAAGAAGCUUUAUGACAGUGCUAUUUACAAACCUGCCAAAAUUUCUUGGGAUGGUAAGGAUUUUCAGGAGAUCUGUGCCAAACAUGAUUACAAUGAAAUUUUGAACUCAAACAAGGCUUUGUACAACUGGUUACACAGUCUAUCAGUUUAUGGAGUAGCUUUGAUUCAAAAUACACCAAACUCUGCUGCAGCUGUAGACAAAAUCGUGGACACCAUUGGAUUCACGCGGAGAACACAUUAUGGUGUAAAAUUCGUAGUACAAAAUGUACCUAACACCAGUAAUGUUGCAUAUCUAAACACCAAUCUACAAGUGCAUAUUGACUUGCCCUAUUAUGAAUACUGCCCAGGAGUUAAUAUGUUGCACUGUUUAGAGCAAACUCAAAGUAAAGGUGGAGAGAAUAUUCUAUCUGAUGCUCACUAUGUGGCUUCAUAUAUAAAACAAAACCAUCCAGAGCAGUUCAAGCUUCUAACGGAUGUUGAAAUUGAAUGGAGUGACAUUGGAACUGAAGAUGGUAAUGAAUUUUUCAAACUUCACAGAUCUCCAGUUAUAUGCCUGGAUAAACAUGGAGAAAUAAUGAGAAUAAAUUUCUCUGUUCCACAAAGAGGAAACUACUUUCCGGGGCCUGUAGAACUUGUUCAACCUUGGUAUGAAGCAUGGGCCCUAUUUCUGAAUUUAAAUCAUAAGUUCUCAGCUAAAUUCAAGACGAAAGCUGGGGAUAUAUUGACUUUUGAUAACAUAAGGUUGCUGCAUGGACGGAAUGCAUAUGAAGACAGCUCGAAUAAUGUACGUAAAUUGAUUGGUGCCUAUGUGGAUUGGGACGAAAUAUACUCACGGUGGAGAUGUUUAAAAGUUAAAUUGGAGAAUAUGGAUGGAGUUUGAUUGAGUGGCAGUAGAUAUUGUAAAUUGAAACACUUAAUAAUCUGGCAAUACAUAAAUAUGUUUACUUAAUUUAAAAUGUACAUAAAAGGUAUUUUUAUUUGUGUUUUU